AUGUCCUCUGACUCUAAGAACGAAGUCCAAAGCCUUGUCAAGAGCGCUAUCGAUUUUGCUGAAGAAUCCAAGAGAUUCGUCAAGAAGUGCACCAAGCCCAAUGCCAAAGAAUUAAAGAAGACUGCCAUGUACUGUGCUCUCGGUUUCGCUGUUAUGGGUGUUGUUGGUUACUUGAUUAAGUUAGUUUUCAUCCCCAUCAAUAAUAUUAUCCUUUCUCAAUGA